AACAAUGUGAAACGCACAAGAGAAAGGCAAAAUGGAGGGAUUCAUGUUGACUAUCCUUAACGUUACUUUUAGAUUAUUUUAUUUUCCUUACCAAAUCGUUGGUGCUAGCGUUGUCCGUGGAAACAAUUCAAAUAUCAAGUUCGCAGAGGUCAAACGUUUCAUUCAACUUGUAGUGAAUGUUACCGUCUUCGACCUUGUGACAACAACAACUGGAGUGCACUGCCUAACUUCCCGAACAGACCACAGAGGAAAACUCAGCUGCAGAGGGGAGAUGCUGUUGAUGCUGGUGUCCCUGCUCUGCUGUGUCACUGCAGCCAGGGCCUGUCUGCAGUGCGACCGCAGCAUCCGAAUGAUGCACGAGGACUUCAUCUUGUCUGCUCCCACUCUGCAAGACCAGCUCAACUUGCAAAGUAUUCGUGACCAAGCCUAUGUGACCUACAUAGAGACCAGUCAGGAACGAAAGGGGCUCAUUGAUCCCACUACUCUAUACAGAGCUAAAACUGAAUACCAGAGUGAAUUUGAUCGCUUCUUGAAAACCAAGCUCACUGGAUCUGUAACAUUUGAAGCUAUUCAGAUCAUGGAGAAAGGCAGGAAGAUUUUAGAGAAACAUCUGGAUGCCUUCAUCCCCAGUGAAUUAUGCCCCAACAUAUGUGGGCUUCUAAUUAGAAGAGUAAUGGAUUGCGUCUCUUGCCGCUACAAAGUAUACAUCUGUCCCUCUCCGACUGGCCAACAGGACUGUGGUGAGUAUCCAGUGCAGGCUGAGGAAGGAGGCCAGGCUUUGUUGAAUUGUUUUCUUCCAUGGCACCGUCUUCUAUUGGGUAGACCAGAGUACCACUACUCCUGGGUGCCAGGAGCAUCAGAUAUUGAUAAGAUGAAUGAAAGUGACUUCAGUGUCUUGAUAGUGACAGAAGACUCGUCUAUUGUCUUGAAUCAACUGCGUUUGGAUGAAGAAGGAACAUACCGCUGCUCCCUGCAAGCCCAAAAUGGAACCAUCUUCUAUCAAGCCACUUUCCCACUCACUGUCAUACCGUCUCCUCACCAGACUCACUGGCCUUUAGUCACUCUGCCCUCCCUGCCUCAUGGAGACAGCUACUCACCUUUUCAGCCUACGGGGGCCUUGCUCGUGCCACUCAUCACUGUGGUUACGGCUUUGACUCUGACAGCAAGCGUAGGACUCGCAGUUGUCCUGAGAGUGAUGAUGAAUCAGCAGAGAACAGCAACAGAACUGAGAAGAAGGAGGAAGGAGGAAAACGGGACAGAAAACAUGACUGAAAUGAAUUCCCCAGCAGAAAGUGCCAUGUCAUUUCUAGAAAUCACGUGGAAGUGAGAAUAGAUUUUGGCGACAUGCAAAUGAGGCAAAACAUGACAUGGGUGUCAUGUUUGAAAGACGUGAAAAAUGAAUCAAGCGAAGUGAUGUCAGCCAUGAAACAAGUUUGCGGAGUAAGAAAACCAGACUAUACAACACAGCUGAACUCAGAAACGCAGAAAUUCCCCAGAAACCCCUCGACAUUAAGCAACAGCUCACUGGAAGACAGUUAUCUUUCUCUGGCAAAAGACACGUUCCCCCUGAAUGAAGCGAUGUUGUUAUCACGUGGGCGUUUAUGAGAGGAAUCAGGGAUGAGGCUCUGUCAUGAUCUCAACGCCAGUCCUCGACGUCCGUCACGUAUCAUUUAGCUGCUUCUGCCUUCUUGUCUUGUUGUGCGCAUCUGAGGGGAUGUUGGUGUGAAACCAAAUUUCCUGUGAAAAGGCGCUAAGGAAUCAUCAACAACAGCAGCAAAUUCACACCUGUCUUUUGCCAUUGUGUCACAUGAGGUCAUGAUUGGUAACAAAGAAAAGCAAAUGAAAGGUUUAAAAAUGAAAGCAAUCAGUUGAUAUUGGAUGAGUCACUGCCACUUGGAAGUCACCGGUGAAUUAUUGCUCAGGUUUUCAGGGUAAUUCCUGAUGAGAGUAUUUUAAUCACUGAAAGCCGGCUUGGGUUAUGAGCAAAGGCAAAUGAAACAAAGGUCGCAACAGUGUGAGGGGGUGUGUGCGCAGAGGCUGAAAAAGAGAGAGGCUGUGGUCUGUCUGGAUAGUGACAGGAUGUAUGUGUGGUGCUGUUUCCUGUCUGGCUCACUGACAUGGGGGCGAAAGCCGAAAAAAAAUCUUUAAGACACCCUCACACAGAGAUAGUGGCGUCACAAUCUUACAACUACGUGGGUUUAUAUGUGUGUGUGUUUUAAACUAAUAUGCAGGCUGAGGCUACUGUAAAUGCAUGCUCAGCGACUUCACUGACAGCCAUGAUGAAGUGUGCAGUUUGAGUGUUUGUGUGCACAUACUGCUGUGGACUGAAAUUGCAGCCUCAGCAGGGAGAGGGAAUGACAAAGUGUGAGCACUGCUGGAGGAGCAGCAGGCAGCCACAGGGGAGGGCGAAGAGGGAAGUGGGAACAAGAAGAAAGUGGAGUCAGAGGUUUGAGUGGGAGAGAUCUGUGGGAAGGCAGUCUGAUUUUUAAUGUGGGUUAUGAGGAAACGAGGACAAAGACGUCAGAUUACGCCUCGUGAUAAAAACCGUCCCACACUACACAUAGAGUAUACUUUCACAUGAGUGACCUAUAGUGGUGGAAUGACCUCAAGAUUGCUGUCUUCACUGCCAUAACAACUUUUAUUGAAAAAUAAUUCAAUAAAAGCAUCAGAAAAUACUCCUGAGAUCCAUUAAAGCACCUAAAACUUGGCUUUAGUGCUCAGGUGUUUAUCAGUAGUUAAAUAUUCACAACUGAAUAUUUAAAAUCCUAUGAGUAAUUACUAGCUAUUGUUUGUUAUGAGGUUAAUGUGUUUGCAUAGUGUGAUCAGAUCUGACCAAAAGUGGCUAACACAUUCACUUGUCAUCAUAUUUACGUGUAGAUAUUAACAGAAUUAUGCUCAUGUACUUCAGACUGCUGAGAUAAUGACAAAUACAGAGAUCACUAACACAAAAUCCAGAGUUCAUUUAGGUCCCCCCCCCCAACACUCAAUGUGGAGGAGGCUUUGAAGUCACCAAAAAGUCACCAACAUGGUAACUUAACUGUAACCAUUAACCAUGAAUACCAUCGGUCUGCUGCUCAGUCCCCCAAACAAAGAGUUUGUACUGUGUGAUAUUUGAAAUUUAAUUUUAAAAGGGAAAUAAAUUGUUUUAUAUUUAAAAUUGAGAGGUGGCACUUUUUUUUUCUAUAUUAGCCUGAAAGGCUUCUGCUAAGACUUCCAUCUAAUUUAUGACUUCUCUUGUUGAUCACAAUGCUUUUAAGUUACUGUAAGUCUGACAAUAUGUCAUUUUUUAAAGAUACAGUACUGUGCAAAAGUCAUGAAUUAUCUCUCAUCUCUUCAUGAUUUGUUAGAAAAAUUAGGAAUGGGUUAUUGAAACGUGCAAACAUAAA